ACCGUCAUUUCUCACUUGAUGAGAUUCGAGUGGCUACAAAUGAUUUCAAUGAGGGACUUUUGAUCGGAAAUGAUAUGUUUAAGAAUGUGUACAAAGGUUGCGUGGAUGGGGAAACUAGUAUCGUUAUGAUCAAAAGGUUCAGUGCCUUGGCAUUGCGAAAUUGGAAAGAGGUAAGGGCUAACAUUGAGGUACACUCCCUAUUCGAAAAUCACCGCCACAUAGUCUCUUUGAUUGGAUUUUGCAUUGUGAAACCAGAGUUAAUUGGCGUGUAUGAUUACAUGGAGAAUGGAUCCUUGGAAGAUCAUUUAUUCAACACAAACAACGAUACACUUCUGUGGAAAGAACGGCUCAGAAUUUGCAUUGGUGCAGCACGAGGACUACAACAUCUCCAUGAGAAUAUGAAGCAAAAAGUCAUCCACUGUGACAUAAAGCCAACUAAUAUUCUGUUGAAUAAGAAUUGGGUUGCAAAACUUACUCAUUUCGGGUUUUCCAAAUUACUACCCAAUGACACUACAUAUGUACCACUAAUGGAUUCAAUGAUCUGCAGAUAUAUGGCACCAGAGUACUUAAUGCACGGAAAAUUGACAACAAAAUCUGACAUAUAUUCAUUUGGUAUGGUGUUGUUGUCAGUAUUGUGUGCUAAGAAGCCAUAUUAUGAGCUAGAUUGGGAUCAUAAGUCGUUAGUAUGUCAGUUCAUGAAUAGUAUCAAAACCAUUGAUCAAAUCAUUGAUCCAAAUCUGAUUGGGAAAAUAGCACCAUAAUGCUUGAUGCAAUUUGUCAACAUUGCAUUAAGUUGUCUACUUGAUCAGGCCAACCGGCGACCCUCGAUAGACAAUGUGGUAAGGAGCCUCCAAUCUGCAUUACUACUACAGGAGGCUUGGGAGAAUCAUUUUGAGAUUGGUGCUGAGUUACCUGUGAUUGACCUUUAUUGUUGUAGCGUCUUCUCUAUUGAUGGUUACUUGACAAUUGGUGGGUUGAGCCUUUUUCCGUCAAAUAUUGAUGAUGAUCUUGCUUCAAAUCUUGACGGAGGAUCGAAUGGGUGCUUGUCAAAUCCAGAUUUUGACGAAUUCAUUCGUUAAUUAAGAAGCUUUUGGAUUUGAUUCUUUUAUACUACGUGUACGUCUUUCCAUUUUAUUUUGUUCGGAGUCUUCUUUUUUUUUAAUUGUUAUGUUUGUCAUAUGUUGGUGUAUAUAUGU